GCGCGUGCCUUCAGGAGGCAACAUUGUCUCGGCAAAAAGCACUUAUCCAGCGUGGCACUAAAUUUUCACAAGAACUAACCAAAGACUCAAUUUUUAAGCAACGAAGAGUUUUAUUUUUUGGACCAAGCCGACACGAAGGGAACUCUUAUGUGACCAAACCAAGGAUUUGCGGGUUAACUUCAGUAAAAAAAGUGACAUUUUGGUUGAUUUCUCAACGCGAGCGGGUCCGGUUUGACACCGAUAGAGAGGCUUCACUCCAGCUCAGCCGUCCUGACAUGGACACAGUGAUCAUACCUGAAAAGAAAAGGGUGAGUUCGGAGCGCAGAAAGGAGAAGUCAAGGGAUGCAGCGAGAUGCCGGCGCGGGAAGGAGUCGGAGGUGUUCUACGAGCUGGCCAAGCAGCUGCCCCUCCCCCAAAGCACCAGCUCCAGCCUGGACAAGGCGUCCAUCAUGAGGCUGACCAUCAGUUACCUGCGCAUGCGAAAACUGCUCUGCAUUGAUGAGCUGGUGGCAGAAGAGAAAACCGAACUCGAUGAGCAGCUGAAUGGCUCCUACCUGAAAGCUUUAGAUGGCUUUCUCAUUGUGCUGUCUGAAGAUGGAGAUAUGAUCUAUAUCUCAGAAAAUGUCAACAGGUGCCUCGGGCUGGCGCAGUUUGACCUGAUCGGACACAGUGUGUUUGACUUUACUCAUCCCUGCGACCAGGAGGAGCUGAGGGAGAUGCUGGUCUACAGAUCCGGGUCCAAGAAAGUCAAGGAACCGAGCACAGAGCGGAACUUCUUCCUGCGGAUGAAAUGCACCCUCACCAGCAGAGGGCGCACCGUUAAUGUGAAGUCAGCCACAUGGAAGGUGCUGCAUUGCUCGGGUCACGUUCGUGUUCACAGCAGUGAGCAGAGCGCCGACGGCCCCAAGGAGCCACCCGUCCCCUAUCUGGUCCUGAUCUGUGACCCCAUCCCCCACCCUUCCAACAUCGAGGUCCCUCUGGACACCAAGACCUUCCUUAGCCGCCACACCAUGGACAUGAAGUUCACCUACUGUGACGAGAGGAUCACCGAGCUCAUGGGUUACGAUCCAGAAGACCUGCUGAACCGUUCUGUGUAUGAAUACUACCAUGCUCUGGACUCAGACUACCUGACAAAGACUCACCAUCACCUUUUUACAAAGGGCCAGGUCACCACAGGUCAGUACCGGAUGCUGGCUAAAAGAGGAGGCUUUGUGUGGGUGGAAACACAGGCUACUGUUAUCUACAACAACAAGAACUCCCAGCCUCAGUGUGUUGUGUGCGUCAACUUUGUGCUCAGCGGGAUCCAGGAGGACAAAUUGAUCCUGUCUUUGGAGCAGACUGAGGGCGUGGAGCCUGUGAAGGAGCAGCAGCAGGGUGAAGAAGAAUCAGCAGCAGAGGCAAACGAGGCUUUGAAGGUGAAGGAAGAGGAGGAGGAGGAGAAGACUCCAGAGCUGGAUGUGAUAAAGCUCUUCACGGAGGUGGAGAUCCAGCCGAAGGACUGUCUGUACAACCUGCUGAAAGGACACCCUGAUGCCCUGACCCUGCUGGCCCCGGCAGCUGGGGACACAAUCAUCUCCCUGGAUUUCAGCCGCCCCGGUGCAGAAUCAGAGACCCACCUGCUGAAAGAUGUCCCUCUCUACAAUGACAUAAUGAUGCCGUCCUCGGAUGACAAGCUGACGCUGCCCAUGUCUCCUCUGUCGCCCACUGAACCGCUGGACGCCUCCAACAGCGCAUCUGAGGAGGCCAAACCUGACAGCUUUGUUCCCACCCUCCUGACUACACCACCCAACAAACCUUCAGAAGUCGACAAUCCUCUGGGCUUUUCUUUCCCCAUGGAAACAGAAAUGAACUCGGACUUUAAACUCGACCUGGUGGAGAAGCUGUUUGCCGUCGACCUAGAUUCCAAAACUCCCUUCAACACAGAGGCGAUGGAGGACUCAGAACUGGAGAUGUUUGCACCAUACAUCUCCAUGGAGGAUGACUUCCAGCUGCCCUGCCUCUCCCCCGGAGAGCCUCUGCCUUGUGGACCAGGCAACCCCCCGGACAGCUCCCCGGUCCUCGUCCCGCUGGACGUCCGCAGCUAUCCCAGCUCUCCGUUCAGCGCACCAGAGAGCCGCACGGCUUCCCCAGCUCCACCCGAGUCCGUCUGCACGCCUCCUGCUGCCACCAUCACUGCAAAAAAAGCCCCGAAGCCGGAGCAGGAGAUCCCUCUCAGAACUCUGGCUGUUCAGAAUGUGCAGCGUAAACGAAAACUGAGCGAACUGAAGGAGAUCAUUGAGCAGGGAUCUGUGACCCAAGAACCUGAGAAGGUUAAAAAGCUGAAGGCGACAGAGAUGGUAGCAGCCAGGACCGUUCUCCUCCUGCCUUCAGAUUUGGCCAGCAGAUUGCUUGGAACCACAUCUGAUGUGAGCAGCUCCCCCUUCACGCUGCCACACCUCACCAGCUACGACUGCGAGGUAAACGCCCCCCUACAGGGCCGCCAGUACCUGUUGCAGGGGGAGGAGCUGCUGCGCGCUCUGGACCACAUCAACUGAGUCAGAACUUCCCUCUGGACUAGACUGGACACUACAAUUACACCCCCCCCCCUCCUCGCCCUGCUAGCCCCUCCCCUCCCUACUGCCACUUAUUUAUGUAUCUGUUGGAGUUUGACUGUAGCCCGGCUGCUGUUUGUGCACCUUAUGUGAUUUAUUUUUUUUUUUGCAGCAUUCCACAGUGACAAACAACCAGAGCAGCAUCUUGGUUUUAAUGUAAGGGAUUCAGGCAUUUUGAGAAAUCAAAUUUCUUCGUCUUUCUCUCUCCACCCAUGGUGCCUCCAGAGGCCCCGCCCCACAGAUCCUGCCCCUACUGCCAGCAGUGUAUUGUAAGCUUCAGUCGCACAACUUAUAUUUUCUUAAAAAGAAAAAAAUAUUACCAGCAAUAUAUAUUAAGCCUUUUUAAAGUAGAUUUAAUGAAAAAAGUUUUAUUUUUUUCCCCUCCUCCCAUACUUGUAUGUUGUAGUACUCGUACUUAACAGAUGUCUUUAGUCCUAAAGUCUGAACUUGUCGUUCUAAACCUGAACUGGGUUGAAUGUUCUCUCCAUUUAUUAGCCGUCUGUGAGCUAAUUACCUUUAAUUGUGUAGCAGUCCAGUACAUGUCACUUUAUUACUUUACUGUAAGUGUGCGUUACUGUACAUAUACCAGGGAAAUAUCAGCUUUUAUCUUUUUCACUUUAUUUCCCUCAUGCAGGAUUGGGAUUACUUUUUCUUCAACAUGAAAAUGCUUCAUGUUUUCAUUUAAUAGCGCCUGAUGAACUUUAAGGAGUUCAAAUAGAUGCGAUUGUGUUGUUUUUUUUUCCCUUCAUCCUAGCAACAGUUGUGACCGAGAGAGUCUGGUUGCAGACCUGCACUGUCAGGACGCUUCAUCGCAGAACGGUAAAAUGGGGUCUCCUGCACUGUCAGGGCCGCCAAGUUUUAUUCAAAGCCUUCGGGAAUAGCGCACAGCAAGUCUUUGCUGCCGGAUUACGGUUUAUGACUGUUAAACUCAGCAUAGGAGCAGUUUAAAUUAUACAGUAAGCAAAAAAUCCUAAUAGGACAUCCAACCUCCAUCCAAACACACUUAUUUCUAUGUAGCACAUAUGAUAUCUAUUAUUCCAGAUAGGAGUUUGGUGGGGACUAAAAUUGUGCAUGUACAUAAGUUUCCAGGAUAACACUUGUUUCUGAAACAAAGCUAUUUUCUUUGAAAGUCUUUAAAUGAACUUCUGGGUCGAACAGUGCAGCUCUGGAUCCUCGCAGUGCAGCUCUG